AUGGUGGAGGGUAGAGUGACAGAGAGCGAUCGAGACAUGAAAAAUCAAAGAAAAGAAGGUAAAUACAGACAGCUUACGCUGGAGCAAGCCUUAGUUGGUGGUUCCAGCAGUAGGAAGAGCGAUAGUUUAGUGGAAAGUGGAGAGAGUGGAUCACAGCAGCCCCAAAAAGCUGCAGACAAGCGCACAACUGGUGCUACUGCGCAUGCUAGCAGUCAGCACGCAGCUGGAAGGAGAGGCAGAGGACGUGCUGAGGCAAGGCGCUCUGAAAAGGAGAGCAGUUCAGAGGACUACUCCGAACCAGACCCGGAUUCUGCUUCAGAUUGGCUCCCGUCUCGAUCUGAAAGCAGCAGAGAGUCCUCCCCUGACGCGUGUAUUCGCGCGUCAAGCAGAACCGCCGGCCGACAAGCCUCUACAUCGAGCAGUGUCCCUGCCAGUGUGACAUCUGCCAGUACAGUUGGUGAGAAGAAGAGGAAAGUAACAAAGAGCAAAGAGGGCAGCUGGUCUAGGACUGACUGGAAAGCAAAGUUCAUGCAGCAGGUCAUACAAUCCUGGACAGCAAAACUCCAUGUGGAGGAGGAGGAUGAGGUGGAGGAGGAGGAGGAGGAGGAGGAGGAGGAGGGAUGGUGGAGGUGGAGGAUGAGGUGGAAGUAG